AUGCCUAACCCACCCCAUCUCCCCUCCCACAACACCCUCCACGACCCCUCAGGUCCCUACACCCGUCCCCUACAUUUCGCACCCACGCUCCCAGCCCAAAAAAAGAUCGCCGCGGCGUUUAAACAUAUAAGUCAUGCAUUGCUGGCGUUGAACGCGCAUAUGCAGUAUCUAGAAAAUAGGGGCGUGUUUACGGAUCAAGCUGUGCGAUGGUAUCUUUAUGAGGGGAAAGUGCGUGGUAGCGCGAUAGGAGGGCAACAAGGGGAUAUGAGGGGGUUUUUGGAGUGGUGUGGGAAUGAAUUAGUUGAGGGAUUGGCGGAGUUGAGGAGGGGGAUGGAGGGGUGUGAGGGGCGGGUUGGGGAUUUGAGGGGGAGGUAG